UUAGAAUCACACACAUCCUUUCUUAAUUGUAUUUACGACGAAUUACUCUAUAGUUUUCAUAGCCUGUCAUUCAUAGAUAGUUAACAGUAGUAUUAUAGACGAGUUAAAUAUCUCCCGAUCGCGUUAUUAUUAGCUUUGACAGAUCUCGGAGACCGCGGCGCGCCGCGACGUCCGCGGAGGGGUGGAGGGGGGCGCCUGCGCCGAGUGGAGGGGCAGCGCGAAAGAUACGCCGCGUAUUCGUCGCGCGACGCGCAAUGUGUCCCGCGCCAGCGUACGAAACGCGUCGGUGUCGCUGUCCCGCACGGUGUGACAAUCUUUUUUUUCUCACACACGCGCCACUUCCGCGGUGUAGUUUCGGUCGUUCCGCGACUCGACGCGACCGAUUACCUCGUUUGUUUUCCCAAGAUCCCCCCCAAAAAAAUUGGCGAUUCUUUUUCCAUUUUUUUCUUUUCGCCACGACUUAACCCCACGUCGUCUCCUCGCGCGACGAUGAUCCUCGCGAUCCGCGCGACGCGAUAACGCGAUCGAGGAAACGAUCUUUAGGAGUCCGCUCGACGUUUUCGUUUCUUCUCGAGGCCGACGUAAACGCGCGGCGAUCGAAUGCACCUCGUUGGAUGCUACCGGAGGCGGUCGAUCUGGAAGCCCGUGGUCACCGCGGUCCCGUGAGCAGGUGCCGCGGACAUAGCUAGCACCGGUGGCCGCGAUGGACGCGCGCGUGGUGGUCGGCGCCGCGCCGGCCGCGGAAGAGACGUCGGUAGCGGCGGCGGCGACGGCGGCGGCGACGCGAGGCGUCGCGACGCCCUCGCCGGUACCUUCCGCGCCGAGCACCGCUACCAGCAACGGCAACGGUGGAACGAGCGCGAACGUCGUCGCGACGCUCGCGUCCGCCUCGCAGAAUCCUGUCGUCGUUGUGGCCAACCCUCCUGGCAAUCAUCAACAGCCGGCCGGCGUGUCGGUCGCCGCCGUGCCCAGGAUACUCAGCAGAAAUGUCAACGGCACCUUGGUGCAGACAUCCGUGCCGCAGAAUGAGGCCGAGUUGCAGCUGUACCGAGUGAUGCAGCGCGCCUCGCUACUGGGAUAUUACGACACACUCCUCGAGAUGGGAGGCGAUGACGUGCAACAAUUGUGCGAUGCAGGCGAAGAAGAGUUUCUGGAGAUUAUGGCGCUGGUCGGCAUGGCGAGCAAGCCACUUCACGUCAGGAGGCUCCAGAAAGCUCUGCAGGAAUGGCUCACUAAUCCUUCAUUGUUUCAAACGCCAGUCGUGCCGACGAAUGCCGCUGCCAAAAGUCCCGUCGCCGUCACCGUCGGUUUCGCGUGUGCGAGCCCGCGGUCGCAGAUGCAGAGCCUGCCGACCAGUUUCACCGCAACUUCCCAGACUUCUCUGAUGUCCAUGCCCUAUGUAACGACGACGCCUCACGUGCCAUUGACGCCGUUGCCUUGCCGAAGUGCCAGUCCGGUCGUACCGGUCACCAGUGUGUCCGUGCCGACGCCUUCCACGACCUUUCGCCAGAGUCCGAGCCCAAACACCUCUUUACCUUACACGACUACGCACAGUCCAAAUGUGUUGCAGGUAGGAACGUGCGAAUCUUCGUGCGGCAGCGGCACGACGCCAAGCCCGAGUGGCGGUGGCGGAGGCGGAGGCGGCGGUGGAGGCGCACCUGCGAGCCCGACGCAGCCGACGCCAACCCUCCUGCAAUCGCAGGUGCAACGGCUCGCCGAAGCUGCGGAGAGGCUCGUCGCUACCAUAAGGCCCCUUGAUCCUAAACCCCACAACGUGAAGAAAAAACUCUGCAAGAACUUGGAGAUGGUAAUGACAAUGUCUGACAGUGACCCGCGCAAAAUGGAUGAAAUUCGAAAGUACGCGGCGAUUUACGGUAGAUUCGACUGCAAGAGAAAGCCGGAGAAACCGCUCACGUUGCACGAGGUAUCUGUGAACGAAGCGGCGGCGCAAAUUUGCAGAUUCGUGCCUGCCCUCCUCACCAGGAGAGACGAAUUGUUUCCUUUGGCGCGUCGUGUGGUCCGUGAUUCCGGCUACCAUUAUUCCAAAAGUCAAUACUUGUCAAUGUUGAAAUCACGCGAAAACGGGGAGGAGACCGAUAACGUUUCGAAACGCCGUAAGCUCGAGCUGGAGGGUGAGGGUGAGGACGCGACGCAGGAGGAGUUGGAUCUCCGUUGUUCCGGAACGGACAUUAAUAAUUCCAUCACGAGAAGACACAGGUCGUCGAGUCCAGUUUGGAGGAAGAAGAAUAACAAUGGCAUAUUCAGUGCUAGCGUGGAGGAAAUUAGCGAUUCGGACAGUCAAUUCUCAUUUUCUAACGAGGAAUCUUCAUCUAUGCAUGAUACAAACGAGGCAGAGGCUGAAAACACCGAUAAAGAAGGCGACUUUAAUCUAAAGGUAAUAGCUUCACGCGGAGAUAACAUAAUUGCCGUGGCGAAUCCUGCAUUAAUGGAAUGCAGUCAUCCUGUAAAGGAGGAGCCCGCGGACGAGAAAUCCACACUGUGAUAUUACUUAGCGUUAUUUACUGCCGCAUUAUUGACGUCACGACGGCUGGUCCUGCUGAUUAUUGUCGUCAUCACGAUCAUCAUUUGCGCUGAAAUACGUAUUUCAUAUGUUAUCAAAUAACAAUAGCAUUCAUGACAUUUGCUGUAAUUAUGAGACUUAUUCGCUAGAAUUUUCGUUCUAUGUGAUCGCGAUCUUUCUCUUCAACGUGACUCUUUGCGUUUGUUUCGAAUGAUGUGAGAAAUGUUUAUAAUACUGCCUCUCUGUUAUUUGAUUCUAGCGAAAUAUAAACAAAAUUGUAUAGCGAUUAUGAAUGUUUAUAGAGAAAAAGAAUGACAGGGAAAAGAUGAUAGAAAAUAAAAAUAAACCGUUUAAAUCAAAAGAUUGACUGAAGUAUAUGGUAUUAUAAAAUGUAUAUCGU